AUGGCGAAAUCUUUAUCUGAGCAGAUUGCCGCUAUUGCUAACAAGCCAGCGGUGAGCGAUUACGACAUAGAAGAUAACGAGAGAACAGUCUUCGAGCACCAAGAUCGGAGCGGUGAGGACUCUGGAAACGACUCGGAAGACGAAAAAUUGGCAAAAUCACAUUAUGUGAACGUUGGGAAAUCACAACUAAGAGACCAAGGAAUUGCUCUACGAGAUGAAAAAUAUCAAGGUGCCAAGGGCUCCAGAAACGACGUUUUCCAGGCAUCUUCACCCGGGUCCGAAAGUGGGUCUGAAGAUGUCGAUGAAGACCUUGAAGAAUCUGCUGAAAAAGAUUCAGCGGAGGACGAAGAAGAAGAAGAGCAAGAGUCUGACAGUGGGGUCUCCAUGCGUACAGACUCAGCAGACGAAGACCAGAGUGAAGAAAACAGCGAUAAGGAGGGAGAGCUUCCAGAGGAAGACGAAGACACAGAAUUUAAGCGUCAAAGACUCGCCGAGAUCGUGCGACAAGAGACUAAAGCGGCCGCUAGCAAGCUUUCAGAAACAACACACAGAGACGCAAUCAAGGGAUUUGCUAUCUUGGAACAGCACCGUACUUUUGACCACGUUCUCGAUGCUCGGAUCAAACUGCAAAAAGCACUCAAUGCAGCAAACGAGCUGCCUCUCACGAAUCUGUCGUACGAAAAGUAUCUGAAGGAGUCUUCUAAAAACGGUAAGCUCAUUUCCAAGACAAUGGAGCUUUUGGAAAAAGUCAUGGGCCAGCUGGUGGAUUUCCGCACCUCUUUCCAAGCUACGGAAAAGAUCAGCCAAAAUGAGAGUCAUCGAGAAACUACCUCUUCAAACCACAAGCGAACCUUUGCAGAACUAUGCGAUCAGUCGCAAAGUCUGAACGCUCAGCUUAAAGAGUACCGGAACGCGGUUCUCAACAAAUGGUCGCAAAAAGUGGCAUCUGCAUCUGGGAAGUCCAUCAUGUCGUCUUCCAAAUUCAAAGCUAUCCACCAGCCGGCAGACGUCCAAGUGGAAAACCAGCUCGCCGAUACAUCUAGGCUACUAAAGCGCACCAGGCUAAACAGAAAAAAUGUAUCUGCUCUUGGGUUCGAAGAGGAUCUAGAGCAAGGUAAUUUGGAAAACUUCAAACCACUCGUCGACUCACAUGCAGAAAACUCCGAUAACGACGACCUCGACAUACCCAAGAAUUACGACCCUAGAAAGAAAGAUAAUAAAACCGUGGACACUAGUGAGAAUGCAUAUGUUUUCGACGACGAAGACUUUUACCGUGUAUUAUUGAAUGACCUUGUUGACAAAAAGAUCGCUAGUGCGCAAAACGAGAGCAGUGAUGUUUCCAUCGCCAUGAUUUCUCGUUCCAAUAAUAAAAUCAAGAAAAAUGUGGAUACAAAGGCCUCGAAGGGCAGAAAACUAAACUUUACAGUUCAAGAGCCUAUUGCAAACUAUGAAGCGCCAAUAAACAACGGUUUCAAAUGGUCAGAUGAACAAAUCGAUGAGUUCUGUGCCGGACUGCUGGGACAGCGCAUAGACUUUAAUGAAGACCACGAGUCCGAGGAGGAAGCCGCAGAAAACCAACCCGUGGAAUCCACUGGCAUCCAAAUUUUUGGUUAA